CCAGAACAGUAUGUUGUGAACCGAAAACAAUAUGUGCAAACCUCAAAAUAAAGGAUAUAUUGCCCUCUGCUAGUAUGUUGUCUUGCUUGCUUGGAUCAUUUGUGGGUCAAAUUGCAGACUACCCAAGCAAUAGCAUAUUUUAUCGUGAACCCUAGUCGUUUUGGAAGGUGGAAUUUGCUUGAGUAUCCUUGAUCCAAUUGUAUUUGUUUAAAUCUUGAAUCUUUACGAGCUGGUCCUUCCUGACAUGGCUCAGAGCCGAAGAGAAUUGCUCUCUAAUAUCAUGCAUAGCAAUUUGUGACAGAGGUAAUCUUCUUGUUAGGUACAUUUUGUGAGAUGAUUCGAUAGGCUUAUUGGGUUAAAGAGGUGUUAACAGAGAAUUAGUGUUUGUAAGAGGUGUUGACAGAGAUUAAGCGUUUUAUUUGGGAAAAGAACGUGACCCGGAUCCUACCAUUCGUCUGUCCUACUAUUCAGGUUCUUUUUCAGUACAUUAAAAAAGAGAGAGAGAGAAGUUAAUUAUCGGUACGCUCGAAUAAAGAAAAGGAUUCAUUUUAGGUUCUACCCGCAGCUGUCGGUUGGCGUGCACUGUGUGAAAGGAGAACGAUCGAUCAGGAAUUGAAAAUGAAGCAGCCAUGGUGUAUACGAUCUGAUCUGGAGUAUGAGUUUUCAUGCAUUGGCCAGAUCAAGUUUGUAAUAAGUAGGGGGGCAGUGUAAGAUUUGCAGAUUAUGGAUACGAAGACGGUAAAGAUCCCUGUUGAGAAAACAGAGGUUCUGCAUAAACAGAAACAUAGCAUUAAAGAACCACCAAAAGCCGACUGGAUACUCAGUGUGUCUAAGAACUAUUGUUCAACUAUAAUCCAAGAUAUCUUGGACAUGCGAUUCUCGCGUUGCUUUUAACAUGUGUAAAAUAAAUGGCAAAGUUGAACUCCAACUCCUUUGUUCUUUUCGUUUUUACUCUCAAAUCCAAACGUAAAAAUGCCUCGCCAAAUUGCUAGACUUGUAUUGUCUUAUAUCAAUUAUCAACUGGUACGUGUGCAUGGCAAUGAAUCACCCUCCAUCUCGAAGAGUUUAAAAAAUUUUCAAGUCCAAUUGUUGUCCCUCCGAUACGUUUUUUGUGUAGUUGGAAAGAAAAGAUAAAAGAAAGACGGAUCACCGAGAAGUUUCCGAGUGUUCUGUUCACGCACGAGUCAAGAAAACAGAAAGAAAAAGGAGUCGAACCGAGUGCGCAGGUUGAGUACUGGAGACGAGAGGGAGAGUUGUUAUCUAUGCUUGGAUGUAUUGUGGAGUUCAGUUCGGCUUCACUUUCGUCUUGCAGGUCCAGAACUGAAAACAGCGUGCUAACUUCACACAUCACCGAUGGUCCGAACAGCCUCAGUAGCAAGCAUGUAGAACUGUAGAAGCAAAGAGAAUCUUUCGACUCAUAUUCAUAUGUUACUUCCAGGGUACCUUUGUAAUUUCACCUCUUCUUACUUCCGACGCGGUCUCGCACUGUAUUUCUCCUCCUACCUUCUUUCCACCCCCGGAGAAGAGUGACACCCCCAGAGAGAGAGAGAGAGAGAUUCGGCAAAACAGAAACAAAAUUAGGGUUUCUGAUUCUAAUAUUCUCAAAACGUAUCUCUUGCAUACACCCGUUCUGAGGGAGAGAUAAAUUAGGUUUUCUGAUAUUUUCUAAUUACGUUACUCAUCCCCCGAUUCUUCCAGAUUUUUUACUUCCAAUCCAAAAUACUCAAAGACAAACAGUUCUUUAUUAUCCCACUGUCACUGUCUCUUUCUCACUCAAAAUCACAACUUUACUUUUUCCUAUUUCAUUUCCAAAAAGUAACAAACUCUGAAACCGAGAGAGAGAUAAUUGGAUCAAAUUGAUAAAUCUGAGAUUGGGAAUUUAAGCUAUGGACUUAGACAGCGGCAACAAGCGUGUGUUCCAGCGGCUGGGUGGGCCCGUGGAUCCCAAGAACCAAAAGGUCUGCUUCCAUUGGCGGGCCGGUAAUUGCACUCGCCACCCAUGUCCGUAUCUACAUAGAGAAUUGCCAACUCCGUUUUCCAACGGCUCCUCCUCCAAGCGGGCUCACGGCUUUGUCGAUGACUCAUCGGGCUUCUCGGGCCCCCGGACCAGGACAAAUUAUACCGGUUCGACGUGGGGCCGUUCCCACGGCGGUGCAAAUAGUAGAACGAUUAGGAAGCCGGAGAGAGUAUCCAAGAUUUGUAAAUAUUGGGUUCAGGGGAGUUGUGGCUACGGCGAGCAGUGUAGGUUCUUGCAUUCUUGGAGCUUGGGAGAGGGUUUUUCGAUGCUAACGCAGCUCGAGGGGCAUCAAAAGGUUGUGAGCGGGAUUGCGUUACCAUCGGGGUCCAAUAACCUUUACACGGGCAGUAAGGACGAGACUGUAAGGGUUUGGAAUUGCCAGUCUGGGCAGUGUAUGGGAGUGAUUAAUCUCGGUGGUGAAGUAGGUUGUAUGAUCAGUGAAGGUCCUUGGGUCUUUGUUGGGAUGCCAAAUAUUGUCAAGGCGUGGAACACCCAAACUUCUACUGAGUUGAGUCUAAGUUGGCCUGUAGGACAAGUUUAUGCCAUGGUUGUGAGUAGUGAUUUGCUUUUUGCUGGUACGCAGGAUGGGUCUAUAUUGGCAUGGAAGUUUAAUGCAGUUACCAAUUGUUUUGAACCGGCUGCAUCCCUUAAAGGUCAUACCCUCGGAGUUGUUUCACUAGUAGUUGGAGCUAAUAGACUCUAUUCUGGGUCCAUGGACUGUACUAUAAGAGUCUGGAACCUUGAAACUUUGCAGUGUAUACAGACACUUAAAGAGCAUACUGCAGUUGUGAUGUCUGUUCUUUGCUGGGACCAGUUUCUAUUAUCAUGUUCAUUAGACCAAACAAUAAAGGUGUGGGUUGCUACAGAAAGUGGAAAUUUGGAAGUCACAUACACUCACAAUGAAGAACAUGGCCUACUUACCCUUUGUGGGAUGCAUGAUUCGGAAGCCAAGCCAAUUUUGUUAUGCUCUUCCAAUGAUAACUCUGUCCACCUGUAUGAUUUGCCAUCAUUUACCGAGAGGGGUAAAAUCUUUGCUAAACAAGAGGUUCGAGCAAUUCAGGUUGGUCCUGGUGGCCUGUUUUUUACUGGUGAUGGAGCAGGUCAAGUAAAAGUGUGGCAUUGGUCAACUGAACCAACGGCUAAUGCCUGAUGAGCAACCCUAAUUUUUUCUAUUGAAUUAUAUUUAUCAGCUUAGUUCACUUUUUUUUUUUUUUUCUUUUUUAGUUUUUCUUUUCUGGUCUCUAUGUAAUUGGUGAGUUCGUGGAAGGAAUUGUAAGAUGAGAAUGCCGGUUUGGGGUAUAUAGUAGUUGGUGUUUUCUGUUUAGUAUAGCAUCGAAGCUAUUGUCUCCUUGCCGUGUCAUAACUUAUAAAUAUAUGCUUCUUGGACCAUAUCCAGGCUGUAAGAUUUUUGACAAAUAUUCAUGAAAACUGAGCCAAUAUUUAUAUUGGUUGAUGCAAUAUAGACAGAUUUCUUGUCAGUGUGUUCUGCAACA